ACAAAAAGGAGACAAGGCCAGCACGUGGAUGUUCUUGAGCAGCACAGCUCAGUGGCUGCUGGGCAGUUCCCCUUCUGCAGGGUUGUUGUCUCUUUCUUUUCUUUAUUAUUAUUGUUUUUUGCCACGCCCCAGCCACGUCUUGGGAGGGUUUUCUGGACAGAGGGCCUGGUGGCCGAAGCCAUAAGACGCACAGACUGGGGCGGAGGCCGCCACUGCUUCCCGCCCAGGCCCGGCAGCAGCAGCAGCAUGGAGCUCCUCAGACCCCGCCUGCUCCUCUGCGUCCUCGCCUUCCUGACCCAGGGUGCCGCCGAGCCACCAACCUCCAAGCCCAAGAAGGCUGCCAACGCCCGGAAAGACCUCGUGAGCCCCAAGAUGAUCGCGGAGCUGCAGGGCCGGCUGGACAGCCUGGCGCAGGAGGUGGCCGUGCUGAAGGAGCAGCAGGCGCUGCAGACCGUGUGCCUCAAGGGCGCCAAGGUGCACCUCAAGUGCUUUCUGGUCGUGGCUCAGGCGCUCGCCUUCCACGCGGCGGGAGAGGACUGCAUCGCGCGCGGGGGGACCCUGGCGGCGCCGCGCUCGGAGGCGGAGAACGAGGCGCUGCGCGAGUACGCGGCGCGCAGCCUGGGCGCGGCGGCCGAGCUGUGGCUGGGCCUGCACGACCUGGGCUCCGAGGGUGCCUGGGUGGACGCGAGCGGCGCACCCGCCGCCUUCACGCACUGGGAGUCGGAGAUCACGGCGCAGCCCGACGGCGGCGCGGCCGAGAACUGCGCGGCCAUGGCUGGGGCGGCGCACGGGCGCUGGUUCGACCGGCGCUGCCGCGACGCGCUGCCCUACGCCUGUCAGUUCGCCAUCGUGUAGCGAAUAAAGUCGGUGCCACUCGGCCCAGCCGCCGCGGUCUCAGUCUGUCUGGGCGCGGGCGGCGGGGCCGCUGCAAAAGGAAGGAGAGGCCGAGGGAAAGACGAAGCACAGAACCCUGGCCUGCUGUCUCCUGUUUUUGCAGCUAAAAUUUUUUUUUCUUUUUUUGGCUUUUUCUAGACAGGGUCUCACUGUGCAGUUCAGGCUGGCCUUGAACUCGCGGCGAUCCUGCUGCCUCAGCCUCCCAAGUGCCGGGACGACAGGCGUGCACCACCACGCCCUGCACCUUUUUAUUUUUCAUACAAUUUCAGACUUCCAGAAAAGCUGCAAGAACUUCUGAUUCCCCAAGUCCUAACGUUUCCUUCUGCGCGCUUCACCCUUUUAUUACCUUGACAGUAAAUGCAGACAGGAUGCCCGUUUGUCCUAGUGCUCAGGGUUCCCUGAAAACGAAGAUUUCUCUAUUGAGGCACAGCGCGGCUCUCCAAGUCAGAUUGUAGGCGACAGGCUGUCCUUAGCCUGGGCGCAGCCGAAGGCACGUUUCCAAGCUUUUGGUAGCAUCUGCUCCCUGCUCCCCCCAUUUCCCGAGGG